CAACUGCCAGUCUUACGAAUCAGUCAGGGCAACAACACUACGGACUAGUAUUUUGGUCAUUCACCAAUUUGCACCAUGAAAGCCGCGUCAGUUGUAGCUGCUGUGGUGGCCUCGUCGUCUGCAUCAUCCGUUUUUCGGUCGUCGGCGGGGUAUCCCCAAGCCGCCGCCCCUCGCGUGGCCGCGCACCCGUUGGUGGGGUACUGGCACAACUUUAAGAACCCGUCGGGCGACACGUAUCCGCUGAGCCAGAUCGGGGCAUCGUGGGACGUGAUCAACAUCGCGUUUGCCGAAAACGCCGGCGAGGGCAAGGUCGGGUUCACGUUGGACCCCAAAGCGGGCUCGGAAGCCCAAUUCAUCGCUGACAUUGCCGCGCUCAAGGCGCAGGGCAAGACGGUGGCGCUGUCGCUGGGGGGACAGGACGGGUACGUGUCCUUGGGGAACGCUGCCGAGACGGCCAACUUUGUGUCAUCUGUGACUGCGCUCUUGACCAAGUACGGGUUUGACGGGAUCGAUGUGGACUUGGAAAGCGGCGUAUCGGCGGGGCUUCCGAUCAUCCAGAACCUCGUCACAGGGGUCAAGCAGAUCGCGCAGAACAUCGGGCCUUCGUUUUACUUGAGCAUGGCGCCCGAGCACCCGUACGUCCAGGGGGGAGCUGGCGCGUACGGCAGCAUCUGGGGCUCGUACUUGCCCAUCAUUGACGGCCUGCGCAACGAACUGACGCAAAUCCAUGUCCAGUACUACAACAACGCGGGAUUCAUGUACCCAGACGGCCGUCAAUUGAAGGAGGGCACAGUCGACUGCCUAGUGGGGGGCAGCUUGAUGCUGAUUGAAGGGUUCAAAACCAACUACGGCAAGGGGUGGGAGUUCAAGGGCUUGCGCCCCGACCAAGUGUCGUUCGGGGUCCCGUCUGGCCCCAAGUCGGCUGGGCAGGGCUUCGUCACGGCCGACGUCGUCUCGCGGUCGCUCACGUGUCUCACCAAGGGCGUCGGCUGCGAUACCAUCUCCCCCAAGCAACCGUACCCGUCCUACCGCGGAGUCAUGACGUGGUCCAUCAACUGGGACCGAUUCGAUGGGUAUGCAUUCUCCAACGCUGCUCGCCAGGCUCUCGACAGCUUGGGAGGCAACGUACCCCCCCCUCCGCCGCCGCCGCCCACAUCGGCCACCCCCACCACGACCAAAUCGCCAGUCCCCACCCCCCCCGGCCCCACGGACAUCCCCGUCACGACCAAGUCCCCCGUCACAACCCCCCCGCCUUCGCUGUCGUGCGGCACCUGUACAAACUGCUACUACGCCCCCACGCAAGCGUGCUAUAAUGGAUGGACCGUUGCCCAAUGCAAUAGUAUGGCUGCGCUUACCUGGUGUGGCAACUAA